AUGGAUGCCCUUUUGUAUAAAUUGGGUUGUUGGAUACGGGAUCCUCGUAGUAGGCUGGAGCAACAUCCAACCGAGAGAGGGCAGUCUUUAGAAGCAACAGGUUGGGAAACCAAGAGAACGCUUGGCCUUUUCUUAUCUUCUUCCCGUCCUAGGAGUAGGAGUAGCACAAAAAGAGGGAUUAGCAUUAUGGACCAUAAACCACUAACGCCUUCCUCGUUGGGGCUCCGUGCACUGGGAAAAGGCUCUAGCGACGGGAAAUCAGCCACUAGUUACAAAGCUCCAAUAAGGUAUCGAGAGGGCUAUUCCAGUCAGGAAAAAUUGCUACAAGAAGCCGUGGAUGCACUUCUUGAUAAUGGAAUCUGCGGACAACCAAUGAAGGAUGAUCAUAAUAGAGUUUACAAGUCGCCUUCAGAUGUAAUUGAAGGCAAACAAGGAAGAGUUCGCGAGACUCUGCUUGGUAAACGGGUCGAUUAUUCAGGGCGGUCCGUGAUUGUUGUGGGCCCUUCACUUUCAUCACAACAAUGUGGAUUGCCUCGCGAAAUAGCAAUAGAACUUUUCCAGGCAUUUAUAAUUCGUGACCUAAUUAGAAAACAUCUUGCUUCGAACAUAGGAGUUGCUAAGAGUCAAAUUCGGAAAAAAAAAAAAAAACGAUUGUAUGGGAAAUACUUCAGGAAAUUCUGGAUGGCCAUCCUGUAUUGCUGA